AUGGAUAUAGAAAGAACUUUUGAUGUUAGUGGGUGCUCAGAAGUGCAAAAGGUCCAGUAUGCGGGUCACAUGCUUCAAGGAGAAGUUGGAAUUUGGUGGGAGACCAAACAACAACUAUUGGCCCGAGAAUCGGGAAAUUUGAUUGCACUCACUUGGGACCGAUUUAAGAUAGAGUUUGCUAAUCAUUUCUUUCCAGAAAUGGCCAAGUUGCAAAAAGUUUUGGAGUUUACAAAUUUGACCCAAGGGAAUAUGGCGGUUGAUCAAUAUGCUGCUCGUUUUAUGGAGAUGGGGAGAUUUGCACAUCAUUUGAUCAGUGCCGAGAGAAUGCAAGCAAGAAAGUCCCAGGACGGUUUGCAACCUCGUAUCCAAAACCAAGUAGCAUGUCUAUGGACAGAAAAUUUCCAAGAAUUGGUCAAUGUAGCUUCGAUAAUAGAGGCAGAGCAAUGGAGACUAAUUGCACAAGCUCAAGGGGAUAGGAAAAGUGGAUUUCCUUACUCACCAGGAGGUAGUAUGGGGAAACGAAAGGCCCUUGUAACUCCGAACAAAGGAAAAUGCAUGGUAGUCGGGAAUGCAACACUCGUCACUCCACCACCAUGUUGCCGAUGCAAGAAAAGGCACGGUGGAAAGUGUCGUAUGGCCAUAGGAGCAUGUUUCAGAUGUGGUCAAACCGACCAUAUGAUCCGAUAUUGUUCACAGAUUACGCUUGGAGGAGCGUCAAUGUCGAGCGCUAAACCCAAGACUGCUGUGAAAGCUAAGGUUUAUGCUAUUACGCCAGGAAAGAUAGACCUAGAAGCGGAUGAGACGGCAGAUGCAGGAGUGAUUACUGGUAGCAUUUCCAACUUUGCCUUAAUUCAUAGAUAG